UGUUUUUUUAGUUAUCGCAUCAGUUCUACUUCCGGGUUGACUGUCAUGGCGGCGCCCUGAAGCCUCAAUGCCACCAGCAGAAGACCCCCGCAGUCCUCUGCAGUAACAGACAGUCCUCUGCAGUAACAGACAGUCCUCUGCAUUCAGAGACAGCUGCUCCGUGUAGCGGAGCAGAUUGCAUCAUGAACUACAAAGAUCUGGCUAAGUGGAACGUGAGAGUGGCUGCAGUCUACGCGGUCGGUAUCUGGACGAUGAUCGGCUCCUACACUCUGUUCAGAUACACAGGUCGAUACGAGGACCCGCCAGUGAAAAAAGAAGAAAAGGUGGAAGAGCCGGAAGAUCCAAAUAAGGUCGUCUACGAGACUCUUCACUCCAAAACCACCAUCCAAUACAAGAAAGACUUUGUCCCGUACAGCACAAGGGUCUACAAUUUCAUCAAAUCCUUCAGCGGUGAACCUGGGAGAGGAGACAGUGACAAAUAACUGCAUCAGUGCAAAGGAUGAUGGACACUGAAUUUGUCAAGAACAAGUUUUUUGAAUGCACUAUGAUGAAUUAAUACUUUUGUGUGAGGAGGACGUUAUCUUUAUUUGUAAAAGAAAUUCCAGCGUGCUGUCCAGGUCUAGGGGAGCUGCCUUUGUGUUUGGAUGCUAAUGGUCUGUCCCCAGAUAUAUUUAUAUUCUAUUAUCAAUCUGUCAACAAUAUUCAGUAAUAUUACUGUAAGUUUCAUCUACGGCAUUGUACACAAUACAAAGUUCCCACAACCACUAAUGAUGUAUAAAUAAACUGAAUCUCUUCAUUAUGUAAGAGGCACUUAUACAAAAG